UCUUACUGGGAUUUUUGUCAGAAAAUUGAUGCUGCUUGGUUUUCACAGAGCAAACGGGAAAAAUUUAUCUAGAGGUAUGUAAGUAAAGUCAUUAAAACACCUUUUGGACCUCCCCGUGUUCAAACUGCAGCUCACUCUGCUGCCCAACUGGAACCGCGGCUUUAACGCCAGCUUCAUAACCAUGGUGAGGCGUGAUCCUCCUUGGUAACCAAUCCUGGUUGUUCAGGCGAUGACAUAACUAUCAAACUCUAAACUGUCCAUCCAGAGUCAAACAAAGAUCUGCGCUCUGCCAGCUCAGAAUGAAGGGUGUGGUGGCUCUCGCUCUGUUGCUGGGAAGUGUUCAUCUCAGCCACCCCUGUCAAAAGGUGAAAAAUGUUUUGGUCUGCUCGGACGCUCUAACAAAUUUCCUCCCUGGUUGUGAAUCCAUGUUUGUGAGUUUGAAGAAUAUUGGAGAAAUCAACUCCACGGUUUUGCAAAGCGAACACCUUUCCACCAUCACUGAGUUCCAAAGCCUAAACAGUGGCAUAACAGGAAUCGCUGCAAACGCCUUCAGCUCAUUUUCAAAUCUAAAAACUCUCAACUUGGAUGGUAACAGCUUGACCAAAAUCAACCAGAACUGGUUGGGAAACCCUGCUGCCCUCCAUGAGCUGUCGCUUAAUUGCAAUCAGAUUGAAGUUUUAAAGGAGUCGGACCUGAAGCGACUCACAAACCUUAAGAGUCUUAAGCUGAAUGGAAACAGGAUCCAAACCAUCUAUCCAGAGAGCUUCAGCUUCCAGAGUGUGAUGGUUGAUCUGGAUUUAUCUGAGAACAGGCUGACCCGGCUGCCCCUUCAGAUGAUGGCUUCUCUAAGGUCCCUAACCUCCAUUAGCCUUCAUGGGAAUCCCUGGAACUGCUCUUGUGAUGCCCAAGCCUUUAUUGCCUCUCUGAAAGAGUUGGACACAUCUCAUCUGGUGAAUCCAGAGAGUAUAACCUGUGCGACUCCUUCACAGCUGGAAGGUCGACCAAUGUUGAAAGUGUCUGUAUGUUUGACGCCUCCAACACCAGGAACUCUGCCCUGGAAUAUGACCACUCUAACCACCAAAACUCCAACACCGCGCCUGAUUGAAAGGACAGAAAGGCCCUCCCCGGCUGACGCCACAGGAGGGACCCCUGCUCACACAGCGACAUUUUUCUCCUCAGAGACCUCUUUACCAACCAAAGCGCCUGAUGCCACAUCGCAGUCUUCAUCUGCCGGAAGAGUUACUGGUUUGUGGGAUUCUACUCGGCCCUCAGGUCCACCUCCACCUUCCAACACUAAUGUCUGUGCUCUUAUCACUGUUAUUGCGGUCCUCUGUGUGCUGCUGCUUGUUGUGAGUUUCAUGGCAGUCAUGCACAGAAGAAAUCGCAACCACAAAGCUGUAAGGCCUGGAUGUCCACAAGAAGAAGAGAAGAAGCAUGAAGGAGACGGUGUUUCUAAUCAGGAUCAAUCUGCAAAAGGCUCUAUGCAGGGAUGCCAAGCAGAGCUUUGGAGAAGAUCCUUCACUGGCAUCAGAGCAAAAUCAGCAAACGCCAUCCUCCUCUCAUCUCCUUUCUAUGUGCCUGAGGACAAAAUUACUUUCCAAACUGGGAACGAAGUUCCUUUGGAAGCUGCUGUUAUAGAGACCGCAGUGUCCCAAAGUGGGGCAAGAAGGAUGGGAGGACAUAACCCAGAAAUGUCUGAAUCCAUGGACUCAAUAAAAGAAGGUGAUGCGGGAAACAUUUUUGAAAAUCAGGAAUGUUCUGAUGUCAACAUCGACAUUAUACCAUACCUGAGUAUCGGUACCGUGCAGAACAAACCAAGCCCUGAUCAAGAGUGUGCAGGAGGUCCAGGUCCACAGAGGGGUAAAUCCAUCAGGAGGAUCUCCACCUGGCCUCCCACUGCAGCUCAGUGGCAGGAGAGGUGCAAACGAAAAGAGGAAGAAGGGGAGGAAGAUCAGUUUGCUGUUUGGAAACAAACUGUAGCAAUGAAGCUCUCAGAUAAUAUGAAGAUCAUGAUGGAGGAUCCAAGCGGCUCUGAUCAGAGUGGAAAGGAGGAACAAACCAACAUGAAUUGGACACUUUCUGGGAGCUCUAACCCACAUGAGAGUCCAGUGAGUGUGGUGGAGGUAGAAGGAAUGACCCUGGAUGCAGAUCCUGUCAGUCAGGCCCCGAUGGGUCCCAGUGAGGAGCAGAAGUCAGAGGAACACCCUGCACAGAGGAACAGCAGCAAGAUGAAGCAGAAGCAGUCUGUGACCAUCAGGCAGAGGGUGGAAAACAGAGCUGCUGCUGGGUCAAUAGCGCCCUCUGGUGGCGCUUCUCCAGAUGAUGAAACUCUGCUUUCAGGGAAUGAGUAUGCCUUCAUGGACCUGCUUCAUGAGGUGGUUCAGAACAACGGCCGCUGGACAAGAGAGCGAUGGAGACACAUUCAUGUUAACAAGCAGCGGCGGUAAAGCAAACUAAAGUAUAAUCUUUGUUUUUUCCCUUUGAAUGACGAUUUAUUCUGUCUGGGGUCAGAAUGCUUCCAUUAUAGAGAUGAUUUGUCUCACUGAGUAUAGUCUGAAGUCAGUUUGAUAGUAAGUUUAAUCAAAUAAUUUCACUUUUAAAUGUUAUAUUUGUGUCCUCAAUAAAUUUGCUCAAUGAUUGAGGGUAAAACUGAAAAAAUGCCUUCUUAGAUUGUAUGAAUGAUUUCUUAGAAAAUGUCAAAUAAAUUCAUCAGCUGUUAUCCAAACCUACUUUUUACUGAAUGACAUUUGUUUUGCUUAGAAACUAUUGUCCAUUUGAUAAGACUGCAUCAUUAUAUAUUUUGCAAUUAUAAAAUUAAAAUGUUAUUCUAUCGGUCAAUGCUUGCUGUU